AUGCCAGUCGGAUGUGUCAUACGUGGGUGUACCAGUGAUGCACACUCUUCUGCGGAAGCUAUUGCAUUUCACAGGUAUUUAUUUUUUGUUUACUUUACUAAAAUUUCACAGGUAUUUAUUUAUUGUUUACUUUACUAAAAAUUAACAUUUCACAGGUAUUUAUUUAUUUUUUGUUUACUUUACUAAAAAUAAACAUUGUUUCCUUCCAAGGUCCCCAAGGUGGGCAAACGGAGAAACAAUGUUUCCGCAACAAAAAUCUUACUAGGGAAACGUCAAAUGUUUCUGAACUUGAUAGGAAACAUUCUUGUUUCCCGGGAAGCAAAACUUGUUUCCGCAACAAUGUUUCCAUGGGUGGGCAAAUGGGAAAACAUUCAAGGAAACAUUGAGAAUCACAAAUGUUUCUGCAACAAUGUUUCCUAGUUUGCCCAGGGCUUAAGUAUACACACAAAAAACAAACAUAAACCUGUGAUAUUAGAUACUUCAAAGAAAAUAUAACAAAAACAAGUCUAUUUUUACACAUUUUCACUUUUGACAUGACUGUGUACAUCACCUACAACAAAAAAACAAAAAUAAAUAAGACAAGCAAACAGACAGAAGGGUGAAAAUAAAGCUGAAUUCACAUAAAAAUUAUAAUUAUUGUUAUAGAUUUCCUUUGAAAAAUAAUGCUUUACUAAAAUGUUGGGAGAAUUAUGUUGAAAAAGUUAAUAAAAAGCCAUGGCAAGUCAACCGGUACAGUCGUAUAUGCAGCAAGCAUUUCCAAUCAACUGAUUAUAUCUUGCCUCCUUCAUCCAACAACACAUGCAGACUCAAAAAAUAUGCUUUUCCAUCUGGUUCACCUGUACAUUCUGACCCACCAACAUUAACAGCACAUGAUGAGGAAUUAAACAGAAGAAUAAACAAGAGACCAUGUCCAGCCUAUGAAAAUGAUGCUUCAAUUCCAGAAAAAAGACCAAGAUUUGCCUCAAGUGAUGAAAGAGAUGAAUUACACACAAAAUUACAGCAAAAAAUACGUACACUACAGCAAAAGCUAAGAAGAACCAAGAAGAAGAUGAACACCAUGCAUGACGUUAUUCAAUUCCUAGAAGAAAAAUUAGUGUUAAAUCCCAAAGAAUCCGAAGCUCUGCUGUCCACCCUCAACAACACUCAACUCAAAUUUCUCUACAACUUCCAAGACAACAUCAAGUCUGCCCCAUCAGCAAGAAGAUACAGUGACGAAAUUAAAGAAUUCGCAUUGACAUUGUAUUUCUAUUCUCCCAGGGCAUAUAAAUAUGUCAGGUCUUUGGUUCCACUCCCCAAUCCAUCACUGAUUAGAAAGUGGUCUUCCUCAUUCAAGUGUGAUCCAGGCUUUAUCGAUGAGGCAUUCACAUCCCUUUCUCAGAAGGUAGCUCAAUCAAGUAAUGACAAAGAUUGCUGUUUGGUAAUAGACGCAAUGUCUAUCCGAAAACAAACCAUCUGGAAUCCAGAAAAAGACUCGUACUCAGGAUUUGUAGACUUUGGAAAUGAGAUUCCUAAUGAACAUCCAGAAAAAUUGGCCACAGAAGCUUUGGUUUUUCUUCUGGUAGGUACCAGAAGUCAUUGGAAAUGUCCAGUGGGAUACUUCUUGGCUGAUAAAAUGAAUGCAAAGGACCAAGCCACACUGGUAAAAAAAUGUCUUGAAAAAGCUGCAAAUGCUGAUCUAAAAGUGUGGUCAGUAACAGCUGAUGGCACAGCUGUUAACAUUAGUACAUUCGAAACACUAGGUUGCAAAUUUUCUGGCAACUAUGAAUCCAUCGAAAGCUCUUUUAAGAAUCCAACAACCAAAGAAGAUGUCUUUGUGAUACUCGAUCCCUGUCAUAUGCUCAAAUUGGCUAGGAAUGCACUAGCAGAUAUGGGAUCCUUUGUUGAUGGAGAUGGCAACAUCAUAAGAUGGAAACAUAUCGAAGAGCUUCAGAAUGUUCAAGAACAAGAAGGGUUGAACCUGGCAAACAAACUGUCCUCAAAUCACAUACAAUUUCAAAGUCAUAAAAUGAAAGUGAGUCUUGCGGCACAAACUUUAAGUUGCUCUGUUGCAGAUGCGAUUGAGUUUUUGGACUUGACACAUAAUUUGUCUAGCAACAGCAAAGGAACAACAACAUUUAUUCGAACAAUCGAUCAACUGUUUGAUAUGUUGAAUUCCCGUAAUCCAAUAGGAAAAGGUUUCAAAAAGCCACUUAGACCAUGUGACAAAGAAAAAUGGCAGGCAACCUUUUCAUCCAUAGCAGAGUACCUCCAGAAGUUGAAAACAAAUGCACCACAGCCUCGACUGCUUUCUCAGACAAAACGAAAAACAUUUAUAAUUGGAUUCAUUGCUUGCAUAAAAUCAACUAUUUCAAUGGCUAACCAAAUGUUUGAACUGACCACCAAACCUAAACCUUUCAAUUAUUUAUUAACUUAUAAAUACUCUCAGGAUCAUCUUGAACUUCUAUUUUCAUGUAUACGUUCCAGAGGAGGCUGGAAUAACAAUCCAAAUUGCCUGCAGAUGAAGUAUGCUCUACGAAAAAUGCUAAUGCAAAACGCUAUCACUGCAUCAAAGAAUGCGAAUUGUAUUGAUUUCACAGGAUGCAGUAAUAUUAUUCCUAUCUUUCACACAAGAAAGCAUCAAAAGAAAACCACUGAAGAACAGUCACAAAAUAAAGAAGGCAGUUCAAAUUCCAGUGAGGAAAAUGAGAUAAACCUUAUGUAUGAACAUUUGGCAUUUCAAGAACAUAGUGAAUUCAUUCAAAAUGUUUUGUUUUAUAUCUCUGGGUACAUUGUGUCAAAACUCAUGGACAAACUGUCUUGUUCAGAGUGCAAAAAAUGCCUGGUGCCUCUGCCUACACAGCUGCCAAUCAAUGGACAUGACUAUACUGCAAGUUUAUAUCAUGAAUGUGGAAAGGCAUCAUCUUUUACAACUUUUGUGAAUAAAGGUGGUUUGCAGAUACCGUCAACAUCCGUUUUUAGAACAAUUCAGUACUGCGAACAUAUUUUUAGGUCAACUAUAACAGGAGAAAACAGCCAGUACAUUAGUCACGAAUCCAAUUUGAAGAAAAAAAUGAUUAUCCAAGUGUGCCAACAUUUCUCCCUUGAUUCCACCAAAGAACUAUUCCCGUAUCACGAAGAAGGACUUAACGAGAUGUUACUCGAAGAUGACCAUAGAACAAAAUUGACCAAAUGUGUGGCAGACAAAUACUUAACGCUGCGGUUGUUCACGUAUGGGAAGAAAUACACGAAGGAAAUUGCAAACAAAGGCAAUCAAAGUAUCAGACAUAAGUUUAAUAAACUGAUUUUGUUCAAGAACCAAUAAGUAUUUAAAUUUCACGUUCAUGAAUGUUUAAUAAUAAAUUUUAAUAUAUUAAUAUAAAAGGCACUUACGUGUUUACAACUUUAGAAUCUCCGAUCCAUGUCGUUGGUGUACACAUUCAAUUUGACAUUCAAUUUGAACGAAAAAAUAUUUAAUUUCCCCCGAUAUACCGAUCGAAUACAUGUAUGAAAAGUUAUGAUUCGUACUCAUGUAUUGAAUCAAAAUUUAACAAGAGUACGUACGCCUUCCUUGGCAAUCACAUGUUGCUGUAAUGCAUCGCUGUUCUUCGGCGCCACGCAGGAAACGCGACAACGCGCGGGAAUUUUACCUCCAGACACGCGUGUCUGGAGGUAAAAUCUGGCUUCAGGCAAGUCUGGGCAUGUUCAGUUAAGGUAGCGUUCCAUAUAUUUUAGUUCAAUGGGAGGAUGUUACAGUACUCGUCGAAGAGAAUCUAGCUUCAGUUCUCCAUAGGAGAAAACGUGCAAGGUCGGUGGAUAGAGUCAAUCUUCUUACAAACGAGUGAGGCAAAAUUCAGACAACAGCAUGUUAAUUACUGGGAUAAUUGUGUUGUACAUCCUUACAGAGCAGCAUAUGGUGGUCUACUUCAGAAAUGUUGACGCUUAUAGGACCAAGAAAAUUCAACUAAAUAUCCCAAAAUUUGAAGAAAGAGAGAAAAGAAAACUAAGAACGAAAACAAGAAAGAAAACAAAACUAUAUCUUUUAGUUCCAUUUACUGGCCUUUGAUACAGGAAAGCUGCAGGUUGGCCACCAUUUGCUGCGUGAUAGUACAUUAUGCUCAGGGAAACCCACCAAUUUACACCCACGUUUUAUCUAACUACGAGCUAUACAAAUUUGUUGAUGGUAAUUGGCGUUACAUUUAUCCGCUUUCAGCUGGUUUGCGGUCGCUAUUCUUCUAGUCUACAUGGGGAUCGUGAUGGUGAUUCUGUUAAACGUUCUCAUCGCCCAACUCAGCUAUACGUUCGGUGAAUCAAUGAAGAUGGCAAGACUGCAAUACGCUGCUGAUAAUAUGCGAAUUAUCACUCGUACGGAGAACAGUCGAUUCCCGUGUUUGGUAAGCGAAACCCAUUGAACUCCGUAUAUAAUCUGGAGUCAGAACUUCUCAAGUAAUUCGCUAUGUUUUUAUUGAAGAAUUUCAGAGUUAAGAAUUAUAUUGAAGGUGACUAUAUCAGUGAGGAAGACUUGGCGAAAGGUACUUGCAAGGAUCGGAUAUUACUGUAUUUUGUAGUGUUAUCUAAGACUUGAGCCUGUAGUUAGUGUGUCAGUGUUUACCUUUUGAAUCGCUCCAGUCCAGAUAGACAAAUGGGUCAAUAUACUAAUUGGUAAUGGUUUGUCAAGCUAUUCCGUUGCUCUAUUUCCUAAAUGCUUGUCUUUUUUGAAGAAUUAUUAGAGUUCACGGAAGACAGGCAUCCUUGGGAGACAGCGGAAGAGAGGAUUAUCGGUGUGAGGUAUUUCCGCUUUACAAUUCUACAUGCAGAACACUUCCUUGAGUUCUUGCAUUAACAUUAUAUGCGGUGUUUGGUCCGUACAUAUUUUAAGAUUUUCAAUUAUAUACUUCCAUUGUAUAAUAUUUUCUGCUUCCAGAGAGACUAUGCGAAGAGUAGUGAAAGGCGAAGAAACGGAUCCUUGGGAAACUAUUGACGAAAAACUAACUACUCUGACGUGAGUAAAUUUGGCGAUACUACUAUUACGUAAAAUGAAAAAACUGAUCAUUAUUUUCUUACUUUGAAAACUGUAGGUUGACCAUCAUUUACCGCAUGGCAGUGCUUAGUGAAACCCAUCUUUAUUUUAACAAAAUCUCUAACAAUUUAUGUACAUUGAUUGAUUUAGUUUAUCGGAAAAGGAAACAAGAGAAUCCAUUUAUGAAAAACUGACGUGAGUAGAUAUAAUCUUUGAUUUAUAUUUCAGACAAAAAAACCCAACGCAUUUAUCUCGUAUAUGUUACAACAACGCAUUUCUGAAAUUUUACUUUUGCCGUUUGUCUUUACAUACAAAUUGUGUAAUAGUGCAUGUACUUCCCAAAUUAAACGGAAAGCCUGCGGACAGUAUAAUCAGUUGUAAAUGGGCAGUUUUGCAUUGCCAGCAAGCUAAUACAGUACGGGUUAUGGGUACGUGAAGAUGAUGAAUUUAUGAACUAUAAAUAACUUAAUUGUUUUUUGUUUGUGGAAACACCACGUAAAUUUAUUACUGCAUAUUUAAAUUUAUUAUUAUUUAUUACUGCAUUUUUAAAUUUAUUAUUUAUUCUUUACGUGGUGUUUCCACAAACAAAAAACAAUUAUAUUUUAUCGCCAUGCAAACAUUCAAAGAACUUAUAAAUAACUUGUUUAGCGAUACGAUCUGUUAGGCGAUACUUGAAUAAGCUGGAAAAAAUGCUGUCCAAAAAACUGUUUUUCAACUUGCGAUGAAAAGUAGACUUGAAUUUCAGCCAUCUAGUCUUGACUUGCAUGCAAGGCCAAUGGGGAGCUUAAGCAAGCGACGUUUUUGUCAACACGGACGUUGGAUUGCCGAGAGGGGACUGGAUUAAAAACUGUGUUUGUGUCAGUUAGUGGUAAUCUUCGACACAUAUGACAAAAUAUACAAUUUUUAAAGUAUUUCGUUUCUUUACACGAGCGCUAUGCAUAGAUAUCUUAUAUACACUAGAUAGCGCAUCUCUUUUAGUAAAAUUGAAGCCAAGAAUAAUAGAAUAUUCCAGCGGUUACCCCCAUUUGAAUAGAUGGCGGCCAUGUUGGAAUUUCCCACUCGCUAAAAAACGCAUAAAAAACAACAAUAACUUUCAUCAAUUGAAUAGUUUGAAAAUGUAUUUGGAAUAGGUUUAACUUAAUGUUUAAGUUCCCUGUUUAAGAAAUAGAAAACAUACGAGUCUUCUCAUUUCAUGGGAAUAUCCUGAGUCUGCAAUCACGGCUUCAAUUUUUGAAUUACAGAAUAAUUAGAUGCACUAUCUAGUGUAUAUAAGAUAUCUAUGGCGCUAUGAUGCAAAAUGCCGCCAAAAUUAGUUAUACUAAUUUUCGGGUGACGUCCGUGCAGACAAAAACGUCGCCUGCCUUAAGCUCACUAAUAAACCACUUCCGAUUUACUUCUAAACAGACGCUCAGUGCAAGAUUCAAUACUAAAUGAACCUAAUUCGGUAAAGGUCUAUUAGCAUGCAGUUUUUAUUCGUGCAGAUAAAUGUAGAGCUCAGUGCUCUGCACACCAGAGGCGAGGUGAAAGACCCAUACACUUAGGGGCUGUUUACAUGAGCCCGGUUUGCUGGGUUGGCCCGCUUAAAUGGGGCGCCCGGCUUCAUAGUAAUUUCCAACACAAAACAAUUUUAGUUUACAUGACAACCGAGCCAGCCCGGUUAGCCCCAAUGGGAUCUCACUUGACUCAAACGGGGCGCCCGGACAGCCGGGCUGAAAUUUCUCCAUGUGAAGUAUCCAGCCCGGGCAACCGGGCUAGAACAAAAACUUCAUUUAAAAUGAAAUAAAAUAAAAAUAAAAGACAGAAACUGAUAUUUUUCUUGAUAAAGUUUUAUUUCUUCAAUUAAUCUUGCCGACAAAGUAGUUUUAAUCGAUUAAAUUUGCCAAUAAAGCACAAAUUCGACUCCCGUGACAGACGUUACACUGUUAACUCGUAAACAAGUUUUUCCCGCCAAACCAAGUUUUUCCAGCCCGGCAAACGUCUCAUCCCGGCUAGCCGGGCUCAUGUAAACAGCCCCUUAAACACGAUGCUACACCACCAUCACCUGUAAUAUUUCAUUAAUUUCCGUCAUUUUAGAGCGAUAUUGAGAAGACUGCCGGAGUCACGGUGA